AUGACUGAUAAAUCUGCUGCAACUUCCUCAACAACUGAUAAUUGGAAUGUCAAUUACUCCAAAGCACAAAAGAUACCCUCGCCUAAUUACACACCAAGCCGAACAAAGCCUAUCACUUGUCUUGUUCUUCAUGGAACAGCUGGUGGUGGCACAAUCGAAUGGUUCUUAAAUCCUGCAAGUAAAGUUUCAAGUCAUUACGUUGUCGGACAAGAUGGUCGAGUGACUCAAAUGGUGCAUGAAAGUGACAUUGCAUGGCACGCUGGUGUUGUUUCACCAACAUCAGUCUUCGCUAACAAAGGCAAUCCGAAUCAAUUCAGUAUCGGAAUUGAAUUUUCUCGGAAUAAAACGAAUGAUAAUAUCAUGCCCGACGUACAAAUCUCAUCCGGAUUGGACUUAGUAGAAAAUAUUCGCACACGUUAUCCAAAUAUUGUCAUUUACUUUCACGAUGAGAUUUCCAUUGGACGGAUUUGUCCAGGACCAAAUUUUCCCAAAGAAAUUUUUCGAUCAUAA